CAGACCAGAUCGGCGGAGAGGAAAAUGAGUGCCGAAAAAGAAUCCUCCGCUACUCAGUCUCGGCGUCGCUUAACCUGCACCAAAUGCUUCGAUGCUCUCUGGUUUUGUUAUUCCCCGGCUCAUCAAUUGCAACAAUAUUAUAGAGUAGGAGUUCUUGAUAAUUGCUAUGGAAAGUGGAGUGCUCUUUGGGAUUGUUUGUAUUUGAAAACCAAGCCCUCUUCUCAACUCGAGGAAAUUCUUGUAGCUCGUGAGAAAGCUGAGUCCCAUAUUUGGACAUUUCGGACACCUGAAGAAGCACAAUCUUUUGGAAGAAGGAAUUUGGACAUUUAGAGGAUAUGGAUUCAUAAAUUUGAAAAGUAUUAGAGCUUUAUUUCACAUAUGAUUUUUAUCAGCAUUACAUU